CACUGAUUGGCAUUGAUAGGUGGCACUGAUGGGUGACACUGAAGGGCAGCUCAGAUGGGCACUGAUAUGUGGCAUUGAUGUCCACUGGUAGGCACUGAUAUGUGGCAUUGAUGUGGCACUGAUGGACACUGGCACGUGGCACUGUUCAGCACUGACAGCUGGCACUGAUGGACACUGACAGGUGGCACUUCUGGGGCCACACUGAUUAUCAGGACACACUGAUCAUCAGUGCCCUGAUGAUCACUGUCAGCGUGACAGCUCGAGAGGAGAGAAAUGCCGAUCACCGGCAUUUCCGUGUUUACAUG